CUGUUGCUUCAACAAGAAAAAAGCAGAUGUCACACAGGAAAGCUGUUCUCCUGAGGUGAGUUUAGAAAUGAAUUUGUCACAAACACGCCCAACUCGUUUGCAGUUUGUUUCCUUUAAUGAACUUCGCUGCACAGCAAGAUAUGACUCAACUCAGCAACUCAGCCGUUACAUGCAAUGUUCACUGAAAAAUGUGGCUUUUCAAGGUCUUCGGUGUCGUAUAUUUGACGGCUGUUUGUGGUGCUCAGGAUGGUAGCGAUGCCACCCGCCUUCCCACAGUUCCUCCUCAAACCACUGCUCUGCCAAAAGUGACCACACCUGUCUAUGUUCCUCCUGUACCAAGUCUGCAGCAAGUGUCAACCUGGUCGGAUGUCUUCCCGUCUGAGAAAGUGGAGUUUCGCUGUACUGUCAGUGACAGCUCUGACUGGACUUUCACAUGGUACAGAAGUGGAAACAAAAUAGAUUCAGAUCCAAGUCUGUCUUUCUCUGGAGAUGGAUCUGUGCUUACAAUCACUUCAGCGACAGGAGGAAUCUAUUCCUGUAAAGGUCAACACAAAACAAAUGGUGUCAUGACUCAAAGUAGUAACUCACUCCAACUGAAUGUUUAUGGAAACAAACCCAAGCCCAAGCUGAGCCAAAGUUCAAACUAUCCUGAGAUGUUCCCCGGAGAAUCUAUCACCUUCACAUGCACGGUUGACGUGUCUACUGGAUGGGAAUAUCUGUGGUACCAUAAUGGACAAGAAAUUCCAGCAGCUGACGGCAAGACUUAUCCAAUAACUUCUUUGGAUCACUCUAAGAGUGGACAGUACCAGUGCAAAGCAAAGAGAGGAAAAGACCCAUUCUACACAGAGGCGAGUGAAACUACAACUCUGCGAGUCGCUGACCCACCGACACCAACUCUGAAGCUGGUCAGUCCCUGGUUAGACGUGUUUGAAAAUGAGAUGGUGGAGUUCAGCUGUGAAGUCAGCAGCUCUGACUGGACGUCCACAUGGUAUAGAAAUCAAGAGAACCUUGAGAACACGGACAUAGAGUUUAACAUGGAUGAAGAGGGAUCAACACUCAACGUCACUUCGAUCACCAAAGCAGCUCAAGGGGACUAUACCUGCAAAGCUCACCUGACAUCCAGAGGCGUCAACUCUGGAUUCAGCAACAGCGUUAAAGUCAGUGUUUACGAUAAUGUACCAACACCAACACUGAGCAAGGAUGGUUUCAAUUCCAUGUAUGUUGGAGAAACAGUAAACUUCACUUGCAAAGUUACUGUGUCCUCUGGCUGGACGUAUCAGUGGUACAAGGAUGAAAAAGCUCUGACUCACACUAGCCCAACCGUCAGCAUCUUUCUUGGUCUUCCUGAUGAAGGGAUGUAUUCUUGCAAGGCAACCAGAGGUGAAACAGAAACAAAGUUCAGUGAGAAAAAGCAACAAGAUGUUCUUGAAAUCCCUGUUCCAUCUUUGGAGUUGAAAACCAAGUGGUCGGAUGUGUUCCCCACUGAGGCUGCGGAGUUGAGAUGUGGGAUGCAGAAGGGCUCAGGCUGGACGUAUACAUGGUACAAAGACAAAGUGGAGGUCCAGGCUGAUAACUCUGUGUCUUUUGACUCAGAAAGAGCAACUCUUUCCAUCAACUCUGCUUCUCCGGGUAAACAUGAAGGACAAUAUGAGUGUAAGGGACAUCUCCGGGACAGGGCUGUCAGCAGCAAGUCAAGUUCUCCAGUUAGUCUCACGGUGUAUGAUAAGAAACCAGCUGUGGUACUGACGCAGGACCCUGAGUACGAGGUGAUGUUUCCUGGAGAAUCUGUCACCUUCAGCUGUCACAUUAACGUCUCCACUGGAUGGGAAUACCUGUGGUACAAUGACAGUGUUCCCAUUGGUGUAUCAGAGAACAAAUAUUCAGUUAACUCCAUUGGCCCAACAAGCAGAGGAUCGUAUACAUGCCAAGCAAAAAGAGGCACUAACUCCCCCUUCACCACUGACUCAAGUAACGGUAUACGCCUUGAGGUUGACGAGAAAAAGCCAAAGCCCUUGAUGACUCAACAGCCAGCUGCUGAUAAGCUGUACACUGGGGAGUCAGUGUCCUUUGAAUGCAAAGUUGGAAUCUCAUCUGGUUGGAGCUAUUACUGGUUCAAAGAUGGAGCCCUACUCCCUUAUUCCAGCAACGAUUUUCAAAUUGUUAAUGCCAAUUCAUUGGACAACGGGACUUAUGAAUGCAAGGCCGUAAGAGACAAAACAAUGUUCAAUACAGAGCUCAGUGAUGGACGCAUUUUAAGCAUAUCUGAAAUCCCUGUUCCGUCUUUGAAGCCAGUAACCCAGUGGCUGGACGUGUUCCCCGAGGAGGGUGUGGAGUUGAGCUGUGGGAUGCCUGAAAGCUCUGAAUGGACAUACACGUGGUACAAAGACACAAAGGAGGUCCAGGCUGAUGAGAAGCCUCAUUUUGGCAAAGACAAAGCUACUCUUACUUUCAAAUCGGCGUCAACCUCGCACCGUGGAAAAUAUAGGUGCUCAGGAAAACUGAAGAGCAGAUCUGUCAACAGCAACCCGAGUUCUGAAGUAACACUUCAUGUUUAUGAUACAAAACCUAGAGUUACACUGGUGCAGAAUCUCGACCACAGUCUGAUGCACACUGGAGAUCCGGUCUCCUUUAGCUGUCAUGUUGAUGGCUCCUCUGGAUGGGAGUAUCUGUGGUACAAAGAUAGAAGUCCACUUGACAUAUCUGGAGUCUAUCACAAUAUCAGUUCUGUGGAGAAGGGAGGCAGUGGAUCAUAUGAAUGCAAAGCUAAAAGAGGAAAGAAAAUGGUCUUCAACACAGGCUGGAGUCAGGCUGUCAAGCUUGACAUUAAAGAGCGCCCUAAGGCUAGUAUAAUCCUGAAAACUGGAUGGUCUGAAGUCUUCUCCACUGAUAGCUUGGUGCUCGAAUGUAAGGUGGAAAGCGAGUACAAGAACUGGACUUUUAAAUGGUCGAAAGGGAGGGAACUGAUCAACACGUCUAGCUCUGAGAGACACGUAGCCACGCCGCACAAUGAUCCAGAACAGAGCGAUUACACUUGCCAGGGCAUUCGCAACAGGAGACCAUUAUACUCCCGAAGCAGUGAUUCUUUCACGACCAGAAACCUCCUUUUAAAGAGGAGGAUGCUUCUCUCCAUCUCUGGCUGUCUCUUCUUUGGCAUCAUCGUCGUCUUUCUUGGAUGCAUCGUUCUCAGAUUCACCCGCAAAAAAGCUGAAGUUGAUGAAAACCCAGAAGAGGCCAACCUCUUUCUCACCAUGGCUCAACUAAAAGAAUGUGCCGACGCACCCUGUCCUCUGGUUGAAUACAUCACUGAUGCAGAUCUGGAUGCACCGCCAAAAGAAGGAGAUGAGAACGGCACAGUUUGCAGCGAAACAACACCAUUACCAAUAACCUCGCCGGAGGACAAAGCUGUGACAAGCGACAACAAUGAUACAACAGAAAACGGCGGCGGGCUGGUUUCCUUUCAGCAAUGAGUCAGUGAAGAUGUGGUCACAUCAUUUUAGCAAAUAACUAUAAACAAGUCAACGCACUUGAUUCAGCCCUGUGAGGCUUUCAAUGGUCAUUACGCGGCAUAGAACAGCAUUUCUGGAUAAGAGAGACUAUGUUGAAACUGUGCAAUCCUCACCACCGUGGUAAUCACUGCACAUCUAAGACUCAGCUUGUCUGGCUCAGGUCUACUGGCCUGUCACCUUGUUUACAUUAGUCUGAAAGUACAGCUGAGGAUCAUUAUUUUAUUUGAUAUUGCUUUAAAGGUCAAUAAUUUUAGAACGCCUGUGUGGACACAUGGAAUCUUGACUUGUCUGCCGUGCUGGAUAAAAAUUGUGCAAACUAAUUAGGAUUCCUUCUUUGAAUACGAUAAACACAGGUGCCAAAUUUCAUGGUAAUUCAUUCAACAGUUGCUGAGAUAUCCCACUCUGGAGCGAAGGGCUGGCUAACAGCCGUGUACAGAUUUGAUCAAAACACAAAAGUCCUUGGCAGCACAAACCUGAUCAGGAAUUGUACAUAUUUUAAUUCACAUCAUUGUUUGAAUUAACAGCACUGUUAAAUAUGAAACAUUAUUUGUGUGAUAAUCAUUAGUCAUUGUUAGUUUUCAAUUAUUGUAUUACUGUAAAUAUGUCAUGAUGCUUACUUACAUACUUACUCCAAUCAGCCACAACAAUAAAAUCACCAGCCUGAUGGGAAUUAAAGGUUCUGACUCUCUGCAACAUGGAGCUGUAAGGGUGUCCUGUGGUGUCUGGCACUGGGACAUUGGCAGCAUUUGGCCUCCGUAGUUCAGGAUUUUUCUGCUGCAUCCUAUAAAUUCUCAAUCGGUUUGAAAUCUGGGCUUUGGGGUGUUUCUGAAACUGUUCUGGAGCAGUUUUUGUGGUGUGGCAGUGGGUAUUGUCCUGCUGGGGGAGCCCAUUGCCCUCAUGGAUUUCCAUUAUCAUUAGGGGUGUGAUUGAUCCGCAACAAUGUUUAGGUGGAUGGUUUGUGUCAACGUACAUCAACAUUAAAGCCCGAAACUAAGGUUUACCAGCAGAAUACUGCACUGUAAUGAGAUGAUCAAUGUUAUUCCCUUCAGCUGUCAGUGGUUUUAUUAUUGUGGCUCAUCAGUGUAUUCAACCUCCAUCAGUUUUUCAGUUCUCUGUACAAACAGCAGAUGUCAGUAGAUAGAACGUUUUUAAAGCUUAUUUAAGGCUGUAUAUGGUUUGGCAAUGAAUGUUACUGCUUUUAAAGUGACUGGUUGGAUAUUGUUUGAUAUAUUUAUCUGGAAAUGCAAACAUUUUGUUUCUCCCUAUGAAAUUAUCAAAAUAAAAUAAAAGUAUAAAAUGUA